CUGAUAUAAAAGCACUGUUGAUGAGAGAAUGAUCAAAAGGGUGUCAGUGACAAAGGAGAUCAUCAUCCUCCCCCUCCUCCGAAAACGAUCUAAAUGACAACCACCACCAUUACCGUUUCCUACCAUUUAUUUAUAAAAAAGAUCCAACUGAGCCUCCUGUCGUUUCUCAAUCAUCUCCUCUGUCAUCUAUAUAUUCUCACCCUCUAAAACUCUCUCAGCUCCUCUCACUUGCCUCCUUCUUGGUCUUUGAUCACUGGCCUUAAUUUCCGAACAAAACUGGAAAAUAAGGAAGGGAGAUCAGAGAUGGCCGCCUACUACGUCUCUAUCUCUCACAAAUCUCUGAUCGUCAUCAUCUUCUUCAUCCUCCUUUCCCCUUUCCUCCAUGUACUCUGUAGCAUUCCGAUCCCGGAAACCAAAAGAGAAACACUGGAAGUCAUAAUUGGUGGCGGUUUUGGUGGUGGUGAAGGAGGUGGAGGAGGAGGAGGCGGUGGCGGUGGUGGCGGCAGCUGCAACAACGAAAACUGUUCAUCUCCACCACCACCACUACCACUACCACUGCCUAUCCCAAAGGACUUAAACUUUUCCGACCUCAGGCUAGCUAUACUGUACCCCGUAAUCCAAAACUUCAAGAAAACUAUAAUCUCCGAUCCCCUCGGCGUCACCAACACAUGGGUAGGCGCCGACAUAUGCAACUACAAAGGCUUCUUCUGCGACCACCCACCGGACAACAAAAGCGCCACCGCACUCGCCUCCAUCGACUUCAACGGUUUCGGACUCACCGCUCCAACUCUCGAAGGCUUCCUCGAUCAACUCCCCGACAUCGCCGUCUUCCACGCAAACUCAAACAACUUCACCGGCACCGUCUCUCCUAAGAUAGCCCAACUCCGUUACCUCUACGAACUCGAUCUCAGCAACAACAAAUUCUCCGGCGAAUUCCCAACCGCCGUAUUAACCAUGAAUGGCCUCUCCUUCUUGGACAUCCGGUUCAACUCCUUCACCGGUUCGGUCCCGGCUCAACUCUUCGCCCAACCCCUCGACCUUCUCUUCGUCAACAACAACUUCUUCAUGGCCCUUCUCCCAGAUAACCUAGGCGACACUACAGCUCGGUACCUCACCUUGGCCAACAACAAAUUUGUGGGUCCCAUACCCAAGAGCAUAGGCAAAGCAGCUAACACAUUGGUUGAGGUUCUCUUCCUGAACAACCAGCUUUCCGGUUGCCUUCCUUACGAGAUCGGGUUGCUGGGAGAGGCGACCGUGUUCGAUGCGGGUUCGAACCAGCUAACCGGACCGCUGCCGUGCUCGUUGGGUUGCCUAGAGAAGAUAGAACAGCUCAACUUCGCCAGGAACCAGUUGUAUGGGGCGGUGCCGGAGGUGGUGUGCGCGCUAGGGAAUCUGGUGAAUCUGUCGUUGUCAGAUAAUUAUUUUACGCACGUGGGCCCGAUCUGUAGGGAUUUGAUAAAGCGAGGUGUGCUUGAUGUGAGUAAGAACUGUAUUCAUGGUUUGGCGUCGCAGAGAUCAAUGGUUCAGUGUGCUUUGUUCUUUGCGCAUCCCAGGUUCUGCUUUAAUAAGCUGUCGUACAGUAUCAUCCCUUGCAAGCUUUCUCACUUCCCGUUCCCGUGGAAAAUCCCUCCUCGUUCUUCGGUGCAAUCAAAGCAGGCCGAGGCACCUUCCCCUUCUUACUCUGCUCUCAUAAGGCAUCGCCGCCUAUGAUUAUUUGGUUUCUGAAUGUCGCCAAUCUGACGUAGAGAUCAUCAGACGAAUGGAUCAAUUAAAGAAUACGUGGAAAUAUAUUCAUCAACCGUCAAGAGGGGGUAGUGUGAUCUUUUCGCACCUAUUAGUAAGAUUAUUUUUCCCUUCCUUUCUCCCUUAAUUUUUUUCUUGGUUACUUGUUACCUUCAUUCAUGUACCAUGAGAUCAGAUAUACAGACAAAGAAACAAAAUAUAUGUGGAAAAGUUUCCCAUGCUAGAUGUUUGUGUAGGAGGAAUCUCUAGUAGUAAGUAGGGCUCAUAGUGACAAAGGAAUGCUAUCGGGUUUCUUCCUAAAUUUUAAUAGUACACUAAGAAUUAGAACACCAAUGUGGAUCUUUUUCUC